UUUAUAUAAUGCAAUCUUCUCAAAAAUGAAUUAUAAUAAUUUUAAUACAAAAAAACAUAUAAAUUUCAGAAAAUAAAAAAAUUAAAGAAAGAAAUGAAUCAAAUUUCAGAUCUCAAGAAUUAACUGUAAAAGCUUAUUGCAAAGAGGCAAGAUCUUUAGCACUAAAUAUUUAAUUUACAGAUACAAUCAGAAUCCUUUAAUCAGAAACAGCAGUAGAUAGAAUAAGAAUUAAUUAAAAUGACCAAGGCUUAAACUUUAAAUGAAAUUCACAAUAGCUUCUCUGUUUCCAAAAAUGAUAGAUCAUCUGAUCAAGUUUAACAUUCCUUCGUUUCUACUAAACCUAGUACUUCUUUUAUGUAAAAUAAUGAUGGAAGCAGUAUACUAUCAUCUUUAAAAUUAUCAAACUAAUAGUAUUUCAAUUAGUAAAAGGAAGGUCUUAAUUUAAGUUAAAUUUCCCAAAGUUUAAACUAAACUUCUCUUUCUUAGCUAAAUAAAAAAGAUUUGUAAUAAAUCAAUAACCCUCAAGAUGAUGUGUCUUUUUUAAACUAACAGCUAAUAAAUAGUGAUGAAGACGAAAGAUUUGAGCAGAUGGAUGAUGAGUCAUAAAAUGGCAACCUUAAUGAACUUAUGUAUAAUCCAGCAGAUAAAUCUUCUAAUAUUCUUAAUUCAAAAAAUUAAAAAUACUUAGAAACACUUAAAAUGUUUUAAUUGGAAGGUAAAGGAUAAAAGCACACUGAGUAAGUCCUUAAUAAAAUGAUUGAGAAUUGGGUUCCAAAGAAUUAAUAUAAAACUUAUCACACUCUAAGUAAUGGAAAGGUAAUAGAUCAUUCUCAUAUCAAGUCAAUCCCUAAGGCUGUUGUGCGUCUGAGCGAUGAAGUAACUGGAAAUAAAAAAUAAAUAGUGCAUGAUUUUAGAGGCUUAGAAAUUUUGGGCACAGAUGAUCCUGAAACAGUGGUAAAGAAGAAAUAUAUCAAACAGAGAUAUGAGUAAUUCAUCAAAAUGUUUAAAUAAAUUUAACCUAAAUACAUUUAAGAGAGUGGAUAUUGUAAAUAUACUGAUGGCAUUAGAAAAAUGUUUGUUUUCUUUACUCAAAUUAUGUCAAGAAAUAAAAUUAACCGUGAUAGUGGUGUCAAACCAGAUACUCUGAAAGCAUGGGCUAAAAAGUACGGUUAUGUAGAUGAGUCAAUCUUAGAAGUGAAAGACUUAGAUUAGGAAAUUUGA